AUCAAACAUGGAAGAACGUCGCGCGCGGUGAGUGGCGGGCGCGCUAACUGACAGCACAGCUUCCCAGCCCGACGGACGUGGAUCGCGUCGAAGUGGCGCAUACUUAAAGUUGAAGCAGGGCGCGUGCCGACUUACAAAGUGUAAGCUAAAGUCUCGCUUAUAGUAGUCAAGGUAUUCGUGACGCUUACUACUGUGCUGUGGCGCCAAGAGCUCACACAUGCAUUCUUCUUUGCUGGUCGCCGCGGCCGGGCUGCUGACGCUUCUGCUCGUAGCGUCAGCUCCGCGCACAAUUCAAGCGUCGACAAUUUCCCUGACGUGGAAUAUUGGACUUGCGAAUGGCGAUUCGCAAGGCAUGGUGAACGCUACCUGCGGUGACACGGUCGCAUUCAAGUGGGUCGGGAACCAUGACCUUGUGCGCGUCGCAUACACUCCCGACCAACCCUGUGAUUUCAGCACCGUACUGGAGAAUGUUGUGAAGGACGUCACGACCAAGCCCAACGCCAACCGCACGGUCCUGUACACAUUUGACAAAGCGGACACCUACCACUUCGUGUGCACAGUUCGGGAGCCCUUCCAUUGCUUGAUGGGUCAGUACGUCACAUUCUUCGUCAGCGGCUGCGGCCAGGCCGGCGGCCCUACGCCCUCCCCAGCCGACUCCCCGGCGCCCAAGCCUGCACCCAAGCCUGCGCCCAAGCCGGCUCCCAAAGGAACGCCCAAGCCCAGGCGCAGGCCCUCGCCCAAGCACAAGUCACCCAAGAUGUUGGGCGGCGGCCGCCGUACCGUCAUGUCAUAGUAAACCAGAGAGCGGAUGGCUCGUGGUCUGUACAAUUGCAUGUACUGGUGCGUCGCGACCGUGAGUGUGACGGGGCAAGACGUCUGCGCACGCACGCGUGCAGACAACGUGCAUCUUUUGACCAACAAAGGGAUGCGCACGGCUGCAAGAGAGUUAUCAAGGUAUACAUAUAGGACCCUGUAGGACCCUGCCAGCAUCAAUCUCAGACCGGCUUGCGGGCUCGCAGGGGCGCCGGGUUGCAUCUCCUCACGGCACGUAGCGUGCGUCAGAGCCGGGUUCCCCGCAUGUAGAUACAACGGUAUGCUGGGAUUGCGCCUUCAGUGCGAUGGGGCUCACGCUGUACAUACGUUCGAAGGCUUGUCACUUGCUCGAAAUGAAUGUCUUGUCGCAUGGUUUACUGGCGUCCCGGUCAAGGUCCCGGUGUUGAACCUAAUGAGGACUGAAUGCAGACAGGGUUGCGCCCCUGGAGGAGGGUGAGCAGGCGGGUCGGUGGCCGUUGGCCGCUGACUGAUGCUCUGAUAGGAUGAGACGCUGCUGCCUGCUGGUCGCGGUGUCAUAUCGCGAUGUGGAGAAGGAAGGGGGCGGCAGGCGCUCCACGAAGCAGGUCAGGCUAGGUUUGCGCUGUGCUUCGUAACAAGAAGCCUGAGUGGUGGUAUGGCGGCUCCCUGGGCAUAGGACUAGGAGAUGUGCAACCAUGCAAUAUUGCCGCCGUGUGAGGGCGCUCUGGCGGUCUGGCCUGCCCCGUGUUACCGAACGCGUGU